CCCAGAUGCGGAACUGCCCUCAACAGGGAGCAGUUUGUGUCCAAGUCCCUCACACUCUAAAGCACUUGUCUCUCUCUGCCUGCUUCCUAGGUUAGCUACAUGGGUACCAGGCAACUAUCAGUUUGUCUCUAUGGAAACCCCACCGUCUCCUUUAAGACUCCAUGUCUGCAAACUUCCAAGGUUGCUAAACUCAACCUCACAAAGAAAUUCGAGCCUGGCCAAGUACAGGACUGGUCGAUCAGUCCUUUUUUGCCUCGACACGCUGUCCUUGUAGGUCUCUAGCACAUCCAUCAGUUUUGAGCUUCUCGUUGCAACUGACGAGAAUUUCCACGGAUCAGUGUUGGGCGAGAUGGUGUUCCACCGAUUUCGGCAGCUCCCAGCUGAGCUUCGCCUGCAAAUCUGGGAGUGCGCCCUCAACGAAGCGCAUAUCAUCGACGACAUUCUCACCGACAACCAGAUGCCGAUUUGUCGCAUGAUCAAACCCCGAGGUUUACCCAAGUCGCCCGUGCCUCGAAUCAAGCUAAUCACUCUUGAGUACUUCUCUCUGGGACACGUCUGCCACGAGUCGCGGGAAGUCCUCCGCCAACGCGGCCGACUCUACAAAGCCCGCGACUACAAUCCUUCCACUGAUGUUGUCUACGUGGAUGAUUACUUUGCCUUGCUUUUGAUGCUGCAUCAACCGAGGUCCAAAAUCCGACACGUCGCAUUUCCGGCUGAUUUCUUCUACGUCAUGUUGACCGAAGAUGUCAUGCGUCGCAGGGACUCCAAACAGGUCAGCACCCUUCGCGAUACGGCGUUGGGGAGAAUCUUCUUGAACAACAAUGGAGAUCACUUCUACACUGGGCUUGGCCUACCAGAGCUCGAGAGCAUCACGGUUGUUCUUCCGCCUCUGGAGAAGAGCAUGCCAUACUACGCCGACCACUUUCCCGUUGCGAUGCGUCCUUCAUUCCUCCGACUCGUCCCCUACUCGGAGGUGCAGAGGAUUAAGAUUCAGGGACCAUAUGCAUACAGGUCGUGGCUCAGGGGAUCUGUAAACACCAAGCGCCAGUUUCUUGGGCCAUUUAUCAAGGACAUCAACGAAAUUUGGAAGGUUGAGGCUAGCUUUAGGCUCAAUGAUGACGACAAGCGUCAAGAGAUCACGGUGCAGGCUGGAGUACUGCAGUACCUCGAGGUACCCCUUCAGGGUAAGAUGAGGCUGUCUCCUAUCUACAAGGAGGGGAAAGGUUUUGAGGAGACCCAAGCCGCGGAUCAAGAUUCAGGGUGCACGUGGGCUUUCCAUGGCACGUGCAGUCCUACAGAUACGCUUUGA